GACCUUGUCGAGCCAUUUGAAUCCCAGUGACUACAAAAUGUCACUAGAGUUAUAUACUAAAAGACUGAACGAAAUCGUUCGUCCGACAGGGAACGUCAAAGAACAACUUUUGUCAGCAAUCAAGGACAUCGAAGCCAAAAUAGAGCAUCUAAAAGAAAUAAUCUUUCUUUCAGAAAAUUGUGAGAUCUCUCAUGUUUGUCAUGCGUCUGAAGAUCUAAAAGUUCGUAUGGAAAAGUUGUUUGAGGGAAUAUCAAAAAAUCAAGAACAUAUGGUGGGCUUAAUUCCCAAAGUAUCCCCCUUGCACGAUGUAGCAUAUCCAGUAAUAGAAGAAUGUAAAGCCCUAACAAAGCAGUUGAGGAUCUUGGAAUUCGCUGAACACUUGUCAUUUCUUGAGUAAUUUCACUUCUCUUCAUCUAUAUAUUAUCUGUAAGGUCUGGUGUAUUAUCUGCUAGAAUAAUUAAUGACAAGGACAUUCUAAUUGAGUCAAUUAAACAAUAUUUUUCCUUCCUUAGUACUCAGUUAUCGACUGAUCCAGACAUUUUGCCCUCUAUUUUGGAACAAUCUCAACAGCAUAAAACGUGUUUAGAUUCCUUGCUAUAUUUAAUGACGUAAGAAUUUAUAAAUUAAAAGCUAUUUCUAGGGAUUUUGAGUGCUUACUAAAGAAACUAAAUUUUCCUGUUAUUGUAUCUGAAGUUCUUGAGGAAGGAGGAUUACAAACGUGGUGUGAUGACGAUUUGCAGUUAUUUUCCAAUGACUUUCAAGCUCUUUCUACAUUCGAUAUUUCGUAUCCUUUCAUGAACAGACUAUUAACAUUAAGCCAAAACUAUGUACCAUGAAUAAAGAAAUCAAUUUAAAAUGAAUCAUUUAUGCUAGUUAGCCGCUACACUGAAGACAACUUACUCCAGGUUCAAAUGAAGCUACUUAUUUGAAGGCCUUUUAAUUUGUUUUGAAACUCCACUAAAAAGCAAAAAAAACCGGAAGACAAAUCUGUGUAGCAGUUUGAUUAGAUCACACAUAAAUAUGAUGAUAAUUACUGAUGAAGGAAACACUCUCCUUGCUCCACCGUGGUAUCCAUUAGUCUGUCUGCUAAAGGUGAGGUUUACAACGCAUCAGUGAGUGUUCUGCCCUAUGUUUGUGAAACCUGUCCCUCCCGAUCUGAAGAUGUAUAGCGACAUAUUAUUUUUUUAUAAUCAUUGUUUUCGAAAGAUUACUGAUAUUCGGUGACAAAAUCGCGUUCGGCCAUGUGUUUGGCGUAACUACGUUGAUUCGGUUGAUGCCAUCAUCUUAGGACACCGACUUUAAUGGGGUGAUCAUAUUUUGCUAAUGUCAUCCUAGCAACUUCCACAUCGCCUAUUAUUUGACGACUUUUAGACUGGACAUAAAAUGUGGAGUUGGCCAGUUUAUGACGCAACCUCGUAGUAUACAAAGUGGUUGCAUGGUUCUAGCAUUUAUUGGUCCAUCACGACUCGGCUGGAGCCUUAUAGGUGGCUUAAGACGUUAUCAGGUAUGGCUCGGAAUAGAAGCUGAUGUCCAUCCUAUAGUUUCCUACUACACUGCAUUAUUGCCACAGGAUCACGCUUAACUAAAAUUUUUUGUUGAGAAUCACCUUAAUGCCCUUCACUGUGGUUUAAUUUGUAUGAUUUUUCUUUGUCAUGAAUGUACGCUAGUGUUUUGAUUCUUUUUCAACUACUGUGUAAUAUAGUACUAAACUGUAUGUGUGGCGUACUCAUCAAUCAUUGAUCUAUAGUUUUAUUUCCCUCUGUUUUCAUAAUUUACACAAGUAUUAAGCCGUAUUCUUUUAACUCCUCAUCAGUCAUCUAAAUAUUUUAAUAUCGAAACCGUUACUAAUAGAUGUAUGCUUUCCAAUGCAUAUUAUUCUGGCUCCUAUGGAGAAGCGUUUUCGUUAUCACUUUUGUGGCUCUCAGAAGACAAACAGAAUCGAUAUGCCUGAAUGGUACAUGUCACAAGUUCUUCAGUGGAUCCGAACAAAUGAUUAUUUUGUUACAGUGGUCGAUCGUGAUUUUAUCUCUGAGAAAGACAAUACUCCUGUUAGCGUCCGAUUGCAGCUCAUGCGCGGUUUGGUCACAUUGCUAUUAGACAAACUACACUAUGACCUUGGUAUAUCUGCUUUUAUGCCAGUACGAUUUGGUUAUCAAUUUCAAAUGCGACGUUCUAACUCUGAAAUAUUAAGUUGUCUUAUGGACUCUGAUCCCGGUAAUAGUUCUAGUAGUGAAUUGCUAGAAAAUGCCCAAACUUUCAGCCACUUAAUUGAUGUCAUAUUACAGACGGAUGCGAAAUUAACUCAGCUAGCAUAUCCAAAUGAUUAUCCUAAACCGAGUGAUGUGCUUUCACAUCCCAAAGUUUUUUCACGUUGGCUUUUACUAGAACAGUGUUUAGCUUCUGACAGAUUAAAGCUUGUCCUCGGGAAUUUCUCAUCUUGGUCUGUUGUUGACGAAACUGAAAAGCGGCCCCAGUGUGUCGAUGAUUUCAUUGCACUUCUCCAUGCUGUAGGUUUUAGAAGUCGACAACUAUCUGACAAAAUAUCACGGGCUAGAUUUGUCCAAAUUCAGUUGAAUUUAAUUCGUGAAUUUUUUAAUGAUAUCGUGUUGUCAGCACGUCGAAAAUUCGAAAAUGAUGACUCAAAUGACCUUGGUCAGUCAAAAAACAAAUCUGAAGUUAGCAAUGCUAAAACAACAGUGCUUGGAAGUUUGUUUUCAUCACGUAGUCGCUCGCCAAACGCUAGUUCAGAAACUAAGAAAAUUUCAAUCAUCAAUCAGUUAUUCAAUUGUUUUGUUGAUGGGAUUGGUCAGAAAUUAUCUUCUCGGUGGAUAAUUGUGUUGAAUGCAAUCAAAUGUCUUCACGAUGUGAUGUUGGAAUGGGCCAAUGAUCAAUAUUACGUAACAUUUUGGGAAGAUUUAAGCACUCGCGCGUUAUUACAGUUUGGAGAUCCUUGGCUAAUUGACAUUGGUCUUUGUCCUCUUGUUACCGAUGAAAUAGUAAAGGAGUCAGAACAGAAUGAACCUAAAAAUGAAACAUUUGACGAGUUGCAUUCUUCCAAUACUUACCUUGGUUUACAUGGUGGUGUUUUCACUCAGAUGCUAAGAUUGUACAAUGGUGAAAUUAAAAAUAUGUUGAAAGAAACAGUCGAUUUAACAUUGACAGAUUUAAAAAGUAAAUCUUUGGUAUAUGUUUAUGCAACUGAUCACUGGCUUCGAACUAGUUCUGUUUCCGGUUAUUUAAGUAGUAUGAAAAGUGAACUCUCCAACUUAAUGAUGUCAGCUAAUGCGUCAGUAUUCUUUCUUGCAUUACGUGACUGGUUGUAUCAGUUAUCAGAAUCAUUACAUCCAAAACUUUUCACACAUGUAUGGAAGGAAAUUGCAUCACAAUUAGAUGAUUAUUUGUAUAAUGAGCUCAUUCUAUCAAAUCGAUUUAGUCCUCUGGGUGCUGCACAACUUCGUUUUGAUCUUACUAACUACUUGUAUCCAAUGUUCAGUUUGUAUACUGAACGUCCUGAGUCAUAUUUCUUUCAAAUUCGUGAUGCAUGUGUUCUGCUAAAUUUAUUGCGUGGAACAGCCGAAUUAUUGAGAGAAACUAUCAUGGAAUCAAUGAAUAGCCAACAGAAGCGUGAUAACGAUCCACUUGGGCCUUUACUUGAAUUAGGUGUUUAUAGACUAACUCCGGAAGAAGCCCUUCGUAUUUUGUCCUUACGUGCCAUUCCAGAAUAAGAGAUUUUUUGUAUAUUCAGAAAUCUGACCUCCUAAAAUGUCUUUCUUUCGCCCUUCUAUGUUCUAGUUUGAAGUGCUUUACUUGUUCUCAGUGUGUAGAUAUAAUUUCCUGAAAAUAUCCAUAUAUAAUAAUUGGAGAACGUAACUUGAAGGUAAUGUACUUCCGUUUAUAUCUUGAUUUAACCUUGAAUAAGAAAUACGUGUGAAUUGUAAUUACUAUUUGGAACACUUUUGCUGUCUAUCCAUUUCCAAUCGCUUAUAAUGCGAUCUACAAUAAAAAACGUCUUAUCUCUGCUAU